CGUAUCCCAUUUCCAACAAGCUCGUAGAUAGACGUAACGUUAGAGGGUGAUGUGAAGUAACUUAUGUUGUCUGCCACAACCAGAUAGCUAGCAGACUAACGGUGCAUUUUGGUUGAUACCUAAUUUUAAGGAGUUGGACAACGCUUUCCGAGCUAAUAUUAAUGAUUGAAAGAGAAAACAUCUCACCUAUUGCAUGACUAUAGAAAUUGAUGUUGAUUGUCAACAAACUCAGUAUAACAGUUACCUAGUUAGCGUAGCUACUAGCUAGAAAAAGUUAGCUAGACACUUGUAGAGCUAAUUUAGCUACUCGAGCUAGUUGCAAUGGAGUUGAGAAGUGGUUGUUUAAUUUAUUAUUAGCUAGUCAAAAACGCAUCAAACGUGAUGAAGGACCGGUUGGGUGAAAUAACCGAAAGCAGGACACAAGCAGAGGAGGAUGUCAGAGUCACAGUUGACAGUGAUGGAUUUAUGGAAGGGUUUUUCAGAAGGGUGGAAGAGGUUAGGGGGCUCAUUGAUAAGAUAUCUUCUGAAGUGGAGGAGGUGAGGAAGAACCACAGCAUGAUCCUGUCUGCUCCCAAUACAGAUGAGAAGAUGAAAGAUGAACUUGACCGGUUGACCAAUGAGAUCAAAAGCGAUGCCAACUCUGUGCGAGUUAAGCUUAAAUCUAUGGAGCAGAGCCUGCCUAAGGAUGAUGUUUCUAACAGGGCCUCGGUUGAUUUCCGCAUUCAGAAAACCCAGGGUUUGGAACUCUCAUUCGUCUCUCCUCAGCUUAUGUUUUCUCUAACCCCACAGCACACGGUGCUCUCCAGGAAGUUUGUGGAAGUCAUGAGUCAGUACAACAAGACUCAAGUGUCGUUUAGGGAGAGAAGCAAAGGAAGGAUCCAGAGACAGCUGGAGAUAACUGGGAGAGUGACUAGCAAUGAGGAACUGGAGGACAUGCUGGAGAGUGGCAACCCAUCCAUUUUCACAUCUGAUAUCAUCUCUGACUCUCAGGUCACGCGGCAGGCCUUGAAUGAGAUUGUGUCACGGCACCAGGAUAUCAUCCGCCUGGAGUCCAGCAUCAAGGAGCUCCAUGCCAUGUUUAUGGACAUGGCCAUGCUGGUGGAGAAUCAGGGGGAUAUGGUCAACAACAUAGAGAACAACGUCUCCAAUGCAGCUGAAUACAUAGGCCGUGCCAAAGAGGAGACCAAAAAAGCUGUGAGAUACCAGAAAAAAUCCCGGAGGAAAUUGUUCUGGCUUGCCAUUUGUGUGGCACUGGCUCUCCUCAUAGUCAUCAUUAUAGCAACAAUAUUUGACUGACCAUUGAGAGGCCCCACUGUUCAGAACAGCAAAUGAGUCUACAGCAGUUUCUCACACCUUUGGGGCCAAGUUCCAGUCAUCAUACCCUGCUCAAUGUUCAACUCCUCCUCCAACACCAAGACGGGCAUUUCACUUCUCAGAGGACAAUAGAUCCAGCUGUAUCCACCAUGUUAUUACAAUAUUACACCUCUUGACUCCAUAUAAUGGCUGAGUCAGUGGCCUUGGCUUACACAACUUCACAGAAGCCCCAGGGCUCCUAGGAAAACACCCCCUCUUGCUGCAAUAAUACAGGGUAGCCUUUUUUUACUGUCUGUGCAAGUAACUACAAUGAAGUCUCUACAGGACUGCCAUAGGCUACAUGUCAACAAGGACUACCAUUGCAAACUACAUAGACACACAGACUCACCUCUACUGCUGCCAUAAAGUCUAAUAGCACGUUACAUGUAGAGAGAUGUCACUUUCAAACUUUACUGAGCAGAAUGAUUUUUAUCUACACCAUAAUUUAGACGCUUUAACGCAAUUCAUUUCUAACUGUUAAAAUAUAACUUCAGUUUAUGUGAUUUUGUUCAAUUUAGUGUAACGACCUGAACAAGAUGAUUUCAUACAGCUUAGGUGUAAUGUUUUUUCUUCCUUGUGAUGAUCAUGACUAAAUGUGCCUUAAGAGAACUGAACACUAUAAUACUUAUUAAGUGUACUAAUUAAUACACUCCCAAUGAAAACUAUGAUUGGAAACCAUUUCACUGUUGGGAUGCAAUGUUUGUGUCUUGUUUUGACUACACCUAUUACUUUGGUCUGCACUUAGAUUUUUUAUUUAUUUAUAUGAUUUAUUUAAGUGUCAUACACCUACUGGUGCCCAGCCCACAUGGCCUUACAAGACACAACAGAACCAAAUAACAUUUGACAAAUUAUACAUAUCAUCCGCAUACAAUAAUCCUGGCCAGUAUAGCUACAAUCUAGCCACUCUACACAAAAAGUUGAUAUCUCCUUCCCUGGCAUCGUGAAUAAACUGAGCAAUCUCAAACACCAUGUCUGAAACAGAAUUCAAGCCUCUGCUCAUCGCGUAACCAGAAAACUUUCAGUUGUCACCAAAAUGUUACAAAAAAAGAACACGUCUCAGAUUGUCAUACAGGUCAAUAAAACACUAAAUGGAUUUUGUCUUUGAUUUCCCGAGAUCACACAGUAUGAAAUCAUCUGAGCAAAUUCUCUCCUCUUCAGGCACUCUGUUAAAUCUACCUGACUCUAUAGCCAGAGGGAGGGUUUUGAGUUGUGCACAAACUGACCUUUGGCUUUUUGUUAGGUUUAGGCGGACAAAUGAUUCAGGGGUGUAGUUCUCUUUGAUGAGAGUGUAUGUUUAAACCAAUCAUCAACUGCCCAUUUUUCCUUGUGGAUCAGCAAAAGCCUGUCCUUGAUUUGGUUAACACCACAUGGUAAUUUGUUCCUGAUUUGUUCCUUUGUAUGAACAGAUUGUAAUACACACUCCUGAGAUCUUUGUCUCCUGAGUGUGGUGCUUUUGAUACAUAGGUCAUUUUGUUGUAGUAUCAUUGAGUCAGAUCAACAUUGAGUCAGAUCUUUCUGCAGUUGAUACAGCUGGAAUAUUGUGUAGAUAAACAAUAAAUAUGUAAGUGAA